AUGGCCUUGAUUCCAAAGUACGCAUACACGGUGGUGUACGUGAAAGACGUGGCCAAUUCCAUCGCAUUCUACGCCAAGGCCUUCGGCUACCAAGUCCGCCGCCUCGAUCAAUCUCACAGAUGGGGGGAGGUGGAGAGCGGGCCGACAACCAUAGCCUUCACACCUGCGAAGCAGCACGAGACGGACCAUCGCACGGGGCCAGUGCGGGCGGAUCGGGACAGGAUCGAGCUCUGCUUCGACUAUGAUGAUGUAGAUGCUGCAUACAAGAGGGCGGUGGAGAAUGGGGCGGAGGGUGUGAGCGAGCCGGAGGAGAAAGAGUGGGGACAGAAAGUUGGUUACGUGCGGGAUAUUGAUGGCAUCGUCGUCAGGAUGGGAAGCCACGUCCGAUAG